GUGACCCGCCUGAGAUUUAGUUCACGCGCGGCACUAGCUUGAGCUGGGUGCAUCUUGACUGUAAAUAAAUUUUUGUGUCUUCCUCAUUACAACGCUUCGAACUGAACAGUCAAGUGGCUAAAGAUACACUUGUGAAAUCCCAAGAGAUUCCAACGACACCAUCGAUUCACAGAAUGAGCGCACAAGACUUGGCAACUGGUCGCAAGCAAAUCGCGGAAGCUGCGUUCUCUUCAGAACCAACUACAACAACGCUACACUCAGUUGACUCAGCUGAUAUUUCGACGCCGGCACAUAACAUCAAUGUAGCGGAACUAAGCUCUUCUCUGCAGCAUUUCGGCUUUGUCGAUUACUUCGUUUUCGUGCUCAUGCUGGUGGUUUGCGCAGUAAUUGGCUCCUACUUUGGAUUUGUCGAUAAGAAGAAAACACGGGACAAUGAAAAGCGCAGAGGUUCAGAAGCACUGGACUACUUGGUGGGCGGUAGGAAAAUGAAGGUGAUUCCUGUAGCUUUGUCCUUAGUUGCCAGCUUUGUAUCGGGCAUUUCGUUACUUGGCACAUCGACAGAGAUAUAUGUAUACGGGACACAGUAUGCCUUCAUACUCAUUACAUUGGUGAUAUCGGGCAUAAUAUCGUGGUAUGUCUUUCUACCGGUCUUUUGCAAUCUACAAUUAACUUCCACAUAUGAGUAUAUUGGGAAGCGUUUCAGCCGUAGAAUGCAGCUUUUUUCUGCAGCUUUAUUCGUUACUAAAGCGAUUAUUUGGCUUCCCAUUGCUAUUUACGUUCCAGCGCUGACGUUUAGCCAGGUUAGCGGCAUCGGCGUGCAUACAAUCACACCCGUCGUCAUCGCCAUCUGUACAUUCUACACUACUGUGGGAGGCAUCAAAGGCGUAGUCUGGACGGACGCCAUACAGAGCAUAAUCAUGUACAGUUCUUUGGUGGUGCUGAUGAUCAAAGGCACUUACGAUCUGGGCGGCAUUUCAGUUAUGUGGCAACGUAAUGCCGACGGCGGGCGUUUAAAUAUGCCAGAAGUUACCGUGGAUCCCACAGUGCGCAUGAGUGUGAUCUCGGUGUUCGUCGGCGGAACAUUCUUCAAGCUGCAGAACACGUCCAUCAACCAGCCCACGAUUCAACGCUUUAUGUCACUAUCUUCGUUGAAUGCCAUAAAACAAACACUUUUCAUAUUCUCAUUUGGCUUGACUAUACUUUACCUGUGUUGUGUAUAUGUGGGUCUAAUAGCCUUUGCCACAUAUCAUGAUUGUGAUCCGAUUUCAACUGGCCUUGCCGAAGCACGCGACCAGCUGAUUCCUUUGCUGGUGUUGCAAGUAUUAGGCGAAUUCCCCGGUCUCCCUGGCCUUUUUGUUUCAGCCGUGUUUAGUGCAGCGUUGAGUUCUAUUUCGACCCUGCUUAACUCUUUGGCGGCAGUUGUACUGGAAGACUUUAUCAAGCCAAACGUGCGCACGUCGAUCAGCGAGCGUACGGUGGCCAUUGUUAUGCGUACUAUUGUAAUAGCUUUCGGCUUGAGUUCAAUUGGGCUGGUUUAUGUUGUCGAGAAGAUGGGUAUGGUUCUUCAACUUUCGGCCACUAUGCAAUCGAUUUUAUAUGGACCGAUGUUGGGCAUAUUCACUACAGGCGUUUUAAUGCCCUGGAUCAACGAGAAGAGUGUUUUAGCCGGCAGCAUUACCGCCGUUAUAACCAUGACGUGGAUAUGUGUGAAUGCUCAGGUGGCUAAUGUGACGGGUACGUUUCGGCACACCAAACUGCCCGUGUCGGUGGAAGGCUGCGACUAUGAGUUUGACAUCGGUCGAUAUCUAAAUUCCACAAAGGAAUAUGAAUCGGCUCACGGCUCUGCCUUACAUCACAUUUCUUUCUUGUUUUACACAAUGAUGGGUGCCCUCACCACUAUAAUCGUCUCAAAUAUGGCUACUUUGGUUUUUGGCAGAAAUCGAAUUUCCGAGGUGGAUCAAAAGUUGAUUACUCCGUUUCUUAUUAAGUGGUUAAAGAGUCAUAACUACGCAAAUGUUGAAACCUCUGAAAAACUUGAGAUGCGUGCGAAAUGAAAAACUUGUAAUAAUAAUGGAAUUGAAUAUGAAAAAUUAUACUGAAAACAAAAGUAUUUGCAAAAACAAAAACCAAAAAUAGUAAAGAGCUGAUAAGCUCUAAGUAAAUCCGCGUUUUUAGUUUAGUUUCUGAAAUCAGCUUUUAGCCAGAGGAAAUAAAUAUGUCUAUUUAAAAUUCUUAUUUACUGCCAAAGAAAUAUUUAUCUUUUGUCAAGAAAUAAAAGUGGAAUAAAAAAUGUGCGAUGUCUUUCAAAAGGUA